AUGCUGGACUUGCACUGCCGUGGUCGGGCUUCGGGUUUCCAGCGGCAUGGUGUCCGAACGCAGGUGCGCCAGGCCUGGCAGGAUGCAUAUCGCCUCUUCGGGGAUGCGUCUGUGCCAGGGCCAUUGAAGUCGGUGAAUUCGUUGAUCAACACAUGUGGCAAAGCACAGCACUGGGCCCUUGCCCUGGCUGUCCUGGGACAUUUGCCUGCGUGGCGUUUGCACCCAGACAUCUUUAGUUUCGGUGCCGCCAUCUCUGCAUGCAAGAGAGUGCAGCAAUGGGGGCAUGCUGUUGGCCUCCUUGUGAAUUUGGAAGAGGAGGGACUGCAAGGGGAUGCCAUCACGCACAGCAGCGCCAUGACAGCUUGCGAGAAGGCCUCUGAGUGGACAGCUGCAUUGCUGCUUUUUUCAGAUCUGAAGGCCAAGACUAUUCAAGGGGACGCAAUCACCUACAAUUCCGCAAUCAGUGCCUGUGAGAAGGGACUGCAGUGGCCUCAGGCACUUCAGGUCCUCGUCGAGCUUGACCGCAGCCAGCUUCAACCAACGCUGAUUACUUUCACUUCUGUGAUCAGUGCCUGUGAGAAGGGCGACCAGUGGCACCUGGCCUUGGAUUUCUUCACUAAGCUUGAGAGCGCUCGCAUGCAAGGAGAUGUCAUUGCCUACUCCUCCGCCAUUGCGGCAUGUGAGAAAGGCGGGCAAUGGUCUUUAGCCUUGCAGUUCUGCUCGAAAAUGUACCAAGAGCGCAUCAGCUCAAACAUCAUCACCUUCAAUUCGACCAUGAGUGCACUUGGUACCGGGGGCGAGUGGCAGCGCGCUCUGGCUCUCUUUACUCAGCUCUCUGAACACAAAGUGCAGGCGGAUGCAAUCACGUACAAUGCGGCCAUGAGAGCCUGCGAGGAAGGCGGUGAAUGGGCGAUCGGUAUGAGCUUGCUUGAGAAGCUGGAAGCUCAGCAGCUGCAAGGUACUGUGGUGACCUACAAUACCGCCAUUAGCUUGUGCAAGGAUGCAGAUCAAUGGCCCAUGGCACUCCAUCUCCUAGGAGAGAUGACGGAGAGGGAGCUCCAGGCAGAUGUGAUCACCUACAGCGCAGCCAUCAAUGCCUGUGAAAAAGGCCACGAGUGGCAGAUGGCUCUUGCGUUGCUGGCUGAGAUCCCGCACAGAAGCAUCCAGGGCAACGUGAUCACCUACAGCUCUGCCAUGAGUGCCUGUGAGAAGGGUGGCGAGUGGACCUGGGCUCUGCACCUGCUCAGCGACUUCUACAGUUCAGGCUUGGAGGCCAACGUGAUCACCUACAACGUGGUCCUCUUCGCCUGCGCCAAGGGUGAGCAGUGGCAGCAAGCUCUGUAUUUCCUGUCGGAGUUGACAUCGGCUGGCUUGCAAAGCACGGUGCUCACCUUCAAUGCUGCGAUGGCGGCAUGCACGAGUCAUGGCUUUUGGCAGCAAGCUUUAAGCUUGUUGUCUUCCUUGCUGCACAGGGGCAUGCAGGGAGAUGUAAUCACCUUCAGUACCGCGCUCAAUGCAUGCGCAUCGGGGCAGCAGCGGCGACGGGCUGUCCCUCUGAUGGCAGAACUUCAGGACAGAGCAUGGAAGGCAGGCUGUGAAGUGGCAAAAAGCUUGCAAGCUUCGCUUUGUCAUUUGCUGCGUCACGAAGCAAUGUCGUGGUAG